AUGCUGAUUCGGUACUUGGUGAUUUUUUUCCCAAGUUCUAGAAGAGAUUCUUCUUUUUUCCAGGUUACCGUGAUACUGUUUGGCGCAGCCUCGUCCAUAGAUCUCGGUUCGAUUGGAAACUUUAUUUUUGGAAAUUUCAAUUGUUCAGAUAGUAUCACUUGUGAUAUGAUACAAUGCCGAAAAGGCUUCAAAUGUGUUAUGGUUAGAGAAGUACCGGAAUGCCACCAAGGUUCGGGAUUUCGAAAAAGUUAAAAAGUAUACAUUUUUAGAAGGAUCUUCCGAAGAGACAGGCUCUUCAGGUUUGUUAGAAAGGCUCUGUUGGGAGAAGAAAGGCAGAAAAACGCUAAAGAGAACAUUUUCGAAAAGAAUUUCCGCCCGUCUCUGCUCUUGACUGAACGGAUAAAUCACCGAUAAUUUCGUUCCUGUAGGCCCAAAGCUGACUUGCGCCUCAGUUCGCUGUCCAGGAGGAUUCAAAUGCGUGAAUACCGCUCAAGGACCGAUAUGCUCCAGUAUGAAACUCCAGAAAGACAAUUUCAAAAAAAAAAAAAAAUUUUCAAGAGCCAGAAAAGCAUACGAAGCAGACGUGUGUCAACUUGGACUGUCCCAGAGGAUACAAGUGCAAGAUAGUUCAAGAUUCUUGGGAUAGAAGGUUUCGACGAGUCCCUACUUGCGUCAGAAGCCGUGCUGGUGAUGUUUUUCAGACUUUGGAAGUAUUUCUAAGCCAUAUCUCUAUUAGAAUACUAUUCAGACUCCCAAUUCCCAAUAUCUCAUUGUUUCGAAUUACCUUUCUCUUUAUUUAAUUUCAAAUUUCGAAAAAUUCUUCUUUUUCGUUUCACAGAAUAUUCUGAACAGGUAAAACUCAAACUGGGUAACAUUCUUUACACGAAAGCACUUUUGAUAGGAAUUACAACAUUUUUCAUCAUUUCGAAGUAAUUUCUCCAAAAGUAGUAUUGUCAAUGUUUCCCGACUUGAAAGGCGAGGAAGGCGGGGCAGGAGGCGGAACGCGUAGCGUGUGCGUUCGCGGUUCUUGGCACGUGUUCAAUUCAACCGCCAUCUACUCUUUGAAAAGCCCGUUUUUCGCUUUUUUCCUUUCUUUUUCAAUUAUUUAAUGAUUAUGUUCAUGUGUGCAUCAAAAAAUAGUAGACAAGAUUGAAAAAGAGCGGUUGCCGAGCUUUUUAAAUAGUCCGCGACAAUUGAAUUGAACUCGUGCCAAGGACCGCGUACGCACACGCUACGCGUCCCGUCCCUUGCCCCGCCUCCUUCACCUUUCGAGUCGGGAAACAUUGACUAUAAGUGCUGUACAAUUUUUCCGUUUGUAACAAACUGAAAAGCUUUGAAAGACGACAUCGACACCUAAAUUUUGACUUUUUACUGGCCAUAUGCCUUUAAUGUUCAAAGUGAACAACUUUUUGAGUUUUUCAGCGCCGCCAGCAGAAUCUGACGUUCAAACAAGGCCAGAACCAAGAGGUGAGAAUAAUUAAUGGAUCCCUGCACCCAAGAUCCUUGUCGAAGUGGUUUCAAGUGCAAAGUCAUCAAUGCGUCCUCUAGUUGUACUAAAGGUUCUUCAAUAGCUAAAGCCUUUUGGUUACUGUUAUCAUUCGAACCCAAAAUAAAGAAGUAUUUGAAAAUUUUGGUUUCAGUAGUUAAGUAUAGUCGCAAACAGUAUUAGAAGUUAAAUUAAUAAUUUUACAUAGUAAUGAGGCGUUCUCAAAGCAAACUUCAGCAAAAAUCUAGGAAAAAUCCAACAAGGUACGAUUAUAAAAAAGUUCCAUAGUGUGCUAUGAAUGAACUAAUCGAAAAAAUGUUCAAGUUUUCAGCCCCUGCGGACGAGCCUGGAAACACACAUGAACCGAUAACAGGUGAGAGUGAAAGAAAAAGCGACAAUUUUUUCACAUUGAAAAUAAUUGUUUUAAAAGUCUUGAUCCCUUAAAACUAUUCAGGGGACCCUUGUGCCGAUCACAAAUGUCAUGCACCGGAAUAUUACACUUGCAAAGUCAUCGACGGUACGCCUCAAUGCUUAGCGAGUUAGUCUUGGGACCAUUGGAAAAGAAAAUAAUGAUGAACAUUGAGUCAAUCCUUGUUCCCCGAACCGAUGUCCGGAGAAAACCUACUGUCAUGCGAGAGAGUCUGGAGAAGGAGCGCGUUGUCUACCAGGUUUUGGAAGUUUUUGUCCAUAAAAAAAAAACUACAAAACGCAUAGAAAUAUAGUCUGUGUGCCACGACUUGAAAUUUCACGGAACGAAAUUCCACUGUGCCGCUGCGCCCCUUUGCGAACAUUGGUCGCUCUUUUAAUUUUUUUUUCUUUUAUUAAGGUACUCUACUUUCAUGGGCUCCCACAGAAAUAACAAUCAAUUUUAAGCGUGACCUAGAUUUGAAAGACGCUUCGCGAACGCACGCAGCGGAACAGCGGAAUGUAGUUCCGUGAAAUUUCAAAUCGUGGCACACAGACUUUACACGAAUGUAAAAACGUUUCCUUUGCAGGAUUUUUUUUUUUACUGUAUCGUUCUGUCCAAAGCUCUGAAUUUUAGAGGGGUGUAAUUAUCAGAGAGCACGCUUUCCUACCAUCAUAGUCCAGAGCGUGUCAAUUUUUCGAGUGUCUGGGUCCCUCGUUCCUCUCUCCGGCAAAGUCUGAAAAAUGAUUUUUUUUCCUCAUUAAGGCGAACAUUUACCAGGCUAAAAAAUGACAUGAAAUGUCAAAAAAAAAUUUUUCGUUUUUGAAAAAUGUCUUUCUUUUUUUAAAAAUUUAAAAAUUGAUCAUUAUGAGAACUCUAGAACGGACUAUAACUCUCAACCAUCAAAAGGAAUUCAGUGAACCCAUGCGGAAACAGAACGUGUCCAGCGAAUUCGCAAUGCUACAACUACAACAGUGUUGCUUGGUGUACAACAGGUGAAUCUAUUAACUUCGAAGAUGAAAUCAAGGAAAUCUGAAACAUUUAGCCUGCGAUUGCGAUCCCAGUAAUCCCAAGUUUUUGUCCAGCAGGACAACAUUGCCAAAAAGAUGGACGAAGGAGCGUACAAGUGUAUUGGAGGUAGAAAAAAUCCGGUCAUGGGUGAAUGUGAAAUCCACUUCGCAACGCGCUUGGUGCUUGAAAGAUGAGUAACUGGCAAUUAACAGAAAUCCCUCCUGAUUUUAAAGAUAUGGAGCUUCAAAAGUUCAAGAAACUGAUCUUGAUUCUGUGUUUAAUGAAAUCUUCGAAAUUUCCUGGAAUGCGUAAACUAAAAGUGUUCGUAGGCCACUAUGAGCGAACUGGACCUUCAGAGAAAUUUUUUGAGCAAAUUUCACAUCAAAAAUUACUUUCCUCAUCGAGAAAAAAAAUCAAGAAUUGAGAAAAAAAUGUCGUUCAGAAAAACCCUUGCGACAAGGCCCCAUGCGGAGCUGGUUUCGAUUGCUCAGUCGUUGACGGAAAAAGCCAGCUGCAUAAAAAAAGUUUAUCCAGUACUGAUAAAAUAUAAAGUUUAACUAUUCAGUCGAUCCAUGCUUCCCGGGCCCUUGCAUAAGUCAUCGUUGCGAAACAACUUCGAGCGGGUCACCUAAGUGUAUAGAAGGUAGAACACAAACAGCAGUCUUUUUGUUUCUGCUUUUUUUCUGCUUUCCAUACAUCAGAUCGAAACCCCCGAACGCGUUCAGAUCCACCUUGUGUCGGCGGCGACACCUGCAUUGAAAUUGAAGGGGCCGAUUAUCAUUGUGAAAACAUCAAUGGUACGUCGCAGUGCGUGCUUGGUGAGUAGUGAACCACUUCCUUCAAUAAAGAAAUCACGGACAUUCAGAUCCAAAAUGCACUGUACAUGCUUGUGAUCCUGAAACUGGCCACUGUGUCGAGGGUGACGGAAAAUCACUUUUCGAAUUUGGGUAUUGCGAUGAAGGUAUAUAUUUGGUGGUAUGAAAAAAACACCAGCGAAAAUUCAAACGGCGACUUUUCCGAUUUUUUCAUAUCGCUAGGGAACUUUCCGACGGCCACCUUUCCGACGAAACUUUUUCCGACUUUUUCCCUUAUGCUUUUCGGUUUAUAAAACGUCUAUGAACAUUUUUUUUUCCUAUUUCUAUGUGUUUUAAUUAUGAACAAACUACCUACUUUAUAUAGGAAGAUGUAAAACGAAGAGUUUAUCGAGAAAAAAAAGUCGGAAAAAGUUUCGUCGGAAAGGUGGACGUCGGAAAGUUCCCUAGCGAUAUGAAAAAAUCGGAAAAGUCGCCGUUUGAAUUUUCGCUGGUGUUUUUUUCAUACCACCAUACAUUUGAGAGAAAAUUCGCUCUUAAAGGCAUAGGGGCAGUAAAAAACCGUGUUUCAGUUCAAAGCAGUACUUUGUAGAGCUUUUCAUUGCGAAUCGAACGGUAAACUUGGAAAUGUACCAAAAUUCCUAGUUUUGGAGAAAAAAUAAUUCAAAGUCGGAGAAAGGAAGCUUGAGUUCCCGCGAAAAGGGCGCUUUGCAGUAAAGUUGCUCUAUGGACAACAGGCUUCGCCAUCUUCCGGAUUUUCGCUUUUUUCUUCGUUUUUUCAAUUUUCAAUUUUUUCUGUUGUCACCAAAGUUCUUUUCGUCACAAAAACUUUCUAUUCAUGUAUAAUUUACAAGCUUUGAUCGCAAAAAAGCUUUUUCGGUGCAAAAUGAUGAUUUUACACAGGUUUCGAUUGGGGUUGCGAUUUUUUGUGUUUUUUGUUUUACUAAACGUUUUUUCAGAAAAGAAACCCUUAAUUUGAAGCAGAUAUCCGGUUAUUUCUCACAAAAUGCGAGUCUAAUGAGACGUCCGCAACAUCGCGUGCACGGCUACUGUAAACAGUUGUCUGCAUACCGAUUCAAAGCUUUUUCAAAAUUAAAGGCGGGAAAGUAAAUUCGCGUUUUUCUUCAAAAGUUGUCAAAUCUGUAAUUUUUUUGAGUACACCAUUCGAUUCGCAAAGAAAAACUAUAUAAGAUACUGCUUUCACCUGAAGUCCCGUUUUUACUGCCCCUAUGCCUUCAACAGUAAAAAUGGAGGAAUGGGCAUCAGGCCAGGCCGGGAGUCUUUCGACCCAGAUUUUACUUCAGAAUUGCGAAAAUCGCGGAAAUUUCAGUGUAAGCCCUCAGCUUGGCUACUUUACCUCAGAGAUUCGUGAUUUAUGAUUUCAAAAAAUGUACUGAAAACAAGCAACGGUAAACGGAAAAUAUCUCUCUACCAUUUUUCUAAAGACAAUUUGGCUUUUUGGGGCAGUUAUUCCGAGGCCUUGCAUGAGAAUAUCUAACUUGAAUCUGAUUCUAGUGAAUCCUUGCGCCAAAAAGAAAUGCGAAAAUGGAACUGAAACUGAAUGUCACAACUACAUAAGUAAGGCAUAUUGCACGACAGGUCAGUAUUCAACUUCCGACUUCCGAAAAAUCUCGGACUUUUAGCCAACGUUUGCGAUCCGAGCAAGAAUAACUCCUGUCCAGCUGACAGAGUCUGCAAAAAGAUCGAUUCAGGAUCUUACAGGUGUCUCAAAGGUGAGGAUAUUCGACAACUGGAAAAGUUGUAGACAAAUAUCAAAAGAAGUCAUCAAAAUAUUGCAUAGCUCAUGAAAGUCAAAAAGAAAUAUCCCUAUACCUUUUGGUCUCGAUUUUUCGAUCAUUUAUUAGAAUUUCAUUGAACGGAAGCUAUUCGGAAAAAUAUAAAAGUCCGGUGCUACGACAAGAGCGAGUUUUCCAUUUGCGAGCAGUACUGUAUGCGGCAAAGCGCAUUGCGUGCAUGCACUCUGCGUGUUUACACUUUUGUGGCGUGACGUCAUCGCGCCGUACAUCUGCGGGUUUUUUUGCUUGCGGGUUUUUCAAUGUUUUUUUCGGAAUUUUUUGGAUUUUUGGAUUUUUUUGGUUUUUGAUUGUGCGAAUAUUUUCGAAACAAAAAAAGAAAACUUCUUUUUACCUUAUAAGAAGGCUCCUUUUUGUCCUCAAAAAAAUCUUCGUGUUCUUCUUCUUCUCAUAUUUUUUUCUCUCGUUCAGAUUUUUGAAAUGAAAAAAAGUGGUGCUAUGAAUGAAAUUCAGGAUGGAAAGUGACGAUUAUGUUAACGCCAUUGUUUUCGACUCAAUUUUUAAAGCAACAAGAAAUCACAAAGGAAGUUUUUGGCGAAAAAAAGAUGUCCCUGCUCCUCCACCUUCAACACCGGCAUUGUACAAGAAACCAAUUUUUCGUAAAAAUUUCUGACAAGUCCCUUCAAAUCUCUCAAUGUACAUUCAAAAAUAUCUUGAAGAUUUUUCUGGGAAAAUGACUUUUGUUUGAUAUGAUGGUUCUGUAAAAUUUGUUAUUUUUCUUAUUUUUCUUAUUUUUUUGAUAUAACUUAUUUCAAUUACUGGUAUUUGUUAUGAUGCAAUUUUUUUGAUAUUUUCCUCUUUGAAAUAUCAAUAUUAGCUUACUUCUUUUUCCAUAUUUGUGGAGUUGACCUAAUAGCUAUCUAUAAAGAAACAUUUUUCCUAAGCUGCCCCCUUGACAAACAGAGUUUUUCAUCAAUUAAAAAGUUUUUCUUUUUGUUUCGAAAAAAAUAAAUAAGCCGGAAAAAAAUUCAAAAAAAUCCGAAAAACCCGCAAGCAAAAAAACCCGCAGAUGUACGGCGCGAUGACGUCACGCCACAAAAAGUGUAAACACGCAGAGUGCAUGCACGCAAUGCGCUUUGCCGCAUACAGUACUGCUCGCAAAUGGAAAACUCGCUCUUGUCGUAGCACCAAAAGUCCAGUUUUUUGUAAUGCACCUGCCGAAGAGGACCUGUCAAAAAUUUCGGACAGUUACUUUUUCAUAGCUAAUUUUUUUGGUUUCCAUUUUUGAAAUAUUAUUCGUUUGCCGCCACUUGAAAGUUUUCGACUGUCUGCGUCUCUCUGUUCCCUAAUCGGCGAGGUCAGAAAAAUACGAAAAUAGCAGGUCAAAAGGAGAGGCGGAGAGAGGUGCGUAAAAAUCUUGCCCCUUUCAUGCCGCGAAAAACAGAUUGUACCGUUUCGGGGAAAAGACGUUCUGAAUUCUCAACCUUUUUUUAUAUCUUUUUCAGUGGACGCUUGCUCCGAAAAACAUUGCGAUUACUCUCGUGUAUGCAAAGUCGUCGACAACAACGCCGUAUGCGCUCAAAGUUGGUCCUGGGAUUAUUUGACAUCGAUUUAUUCCAAUUGUACAGAAACUCCUUGCGACGAUGAUCCAUGCCCAGCUGGUCAGAUUUGUCAAUUGACGAGUUCUGGAAGUGAAUUCGACUGUAUUGCAGGUAAAAUAAGAGACAGAUACUGGAAAAAGUGCAAAAAUCGUUGCUCACAAGGGCCUAUUGAAUAGGCCUUUUGGUUACUACUGUUAACAUUCGAACCCAAAAUAAAAAAGAAUUUUGAAAUUUGGUUUUAGUAAAUUAGUAUAGUCUCAAACAGUAUUAGACGUUUAAAUCAAUAAUUUUACUCAAAUUGCAAGAUUCGAGGGAAUUCUCUUCUAUCCCGCAGUUUGCAGACUCGUUCAUGGAACCAAUAUUCCUUGCGCAAUUUGUUUUUUAUCCGCCGAUUCCUGCUAUUUCAUCAUUGAAAACGCUCAACACACACUUUUGAGAAAUAUGGUAGAUAAAUACGACUUAUAUUUUGAGAUGGGAGUAACUUCGAAAAACAGGGGUUCGGAGUGAACUCUUAGAAAAAUUAGCGUCCGAAUGGUAACAGUGGUGACCAUAAUGGUUCGCAUGGGCAGGGUUGGUGUGACUGUAUGCCCGAAAAUUGAUCUGAUACUGAUAGAAAUCCAAAAACAGAAAGAAAAUCAUUCUCAAAUUUUUCAAAUCUGUUCCGGAAAUGCUCAGUUAUAGAAAGUCUCACAACAACUUUUUUCCAGGGAGCUUUUUUUAGCCUUUGAUGAAACUUUAUCGAAGUAAUCUUUGAGACCUUCCCACUCCAGAAGGAAAAGAAAAUCUUUCCUCCCUUGGAUCUUGUUUUCGAGCUAAAAGCACAAACAAUGAAAACAGGCUUUUUUGGGGGAUUUGAAGAUUCAUAGUAAUGAGGCGCUCUCAAAGCAGACUUCAGCAAAAAUCCAGGAAAAAUCCAACGGUUCUAUUAUAGAAAAGUUCCACAGUGUGCUAGGAAUGAAAUAAUCGGAAAAAUGUUCAAGUUUUCAGCCCCUGCGGACGAGCCUGGAAACACACAUGGACCGAUAACAGGUGAGAGUGAAAGAAAAAGCGACAAUUUUUUCACAUUGAAAAUAAUUGUUUUAAAAGUCUUGAUCUCUUAAAACUAUUCAGUGGACCCUUGUGCCGAUCACAAAUGUCAUGCACCGGAAUAUUACACUUGCAAAGUCAUCGACGGUACGCCUCAAUGCUUAGCGAGUUAGUCUUGGGACCAUUGGAAAAGAAAAUAAUGAUGAACAUUGAGUCAAUCCUUGUUCCCCGAACCGAUGUCCGGAGAAAACCUACUGUCAUGCGAGAGAGUCUGGAGAAGGAGCGCGUUGUCUACCAGGUUUUGGAAGUUUUUGUCCAUAAAAAAAAACGACAAAACUCAUAAAUGUGGAAUAAAAAAACGUUUCCUUUGCGUGACUUUUUUCAAUACUUCAUUGUUCUGGCAAUAAUGUUCAUUUCCUGGAAUGUAAUUAUCAGAUAGCACGCUUUCCUACCAUCAUAGUCCAGGGCGUGUCAAUUUUUCGAGUGUCUGUGUCCCUCGUUUCUCUCUCCGGCGAGCCCAGAUAAAAAUGAGAAUAAAAAAUGAACACGAGAGUGCCGCCGAGAGACAAAAAGGUGCAAAGAAGCCCCCGCCCUUUUGAAUCGUAUCGAGCUAUAACUCUCAACCAUCAAAAGGAAUUCAGUGAACCCAUGCGGAAACAGAACGUGUCCAGCGAAUUCGCAAUGCUACAACUACAACAGUGUUGCUUGGUGUACAACAGGUGAAUCUAUUAACUUCGAAGAUGAAAUCAAGGAAAUCUGAAACAUUUAGCCUGCGAUUGCGAUCCCAGUAAUCCCAAGUUUUGUCCAGCAGGACAACAUUGCCAAAAGAUGGACGAAGGAGCGUACAAGUGUAUUGGAGGUAGAAAAAAAAAUCCGGUCAUGGGUGAAUGUGAAAUCCACUUCGCAACGCGCUUGGUGCUUGAAAGAUGAGUAACUGGCAAUUAACAGAAAUCCCUCCUGAUUUUAAAGAUAUGGAGCUUCAAAAGUUCAAGAAACUGAUCUUGAUUCUGUGUUUAAUGAAAUCUUCGAAAUUUCCUGGAAUGCGUAAACUAAAAGUGUUCGUAGGCCACUAUGAGCGAACUGGACCUUCAGAGAAAUUUUGAGCAAAUUUCACAUCAAAAUUACUUUCCUCAUCGAGAAAAAAUCAAGAAUUGAGAAAAAAAAUGUCGUUCAGAAAACCCUUGCGACAAGGCCCCAUGCGGAGCUGGUUUCGAUUGCUCAGUCGUUGACGGAAAAGCCAGCUGCAUAAAAAGUUUAUCCAGUACUGAUAAAAUAUAAAGUUUAACUAUUCAGUCGAUCCAUGCUUCCCGGGCCCUUGCAUAAGUCAUCGUUGCGAAACAACUUCGAGCGGGUCACCUAAGUGUAUAGAAGGUAGAACACAAACAGCAGUCUUUUGUUUCUGCUUUUUCUGCUUUCCAUACAUCAGAUCGAAACCCCGAACGCGUUCAGAUCCACCUUGUGUCGGCGGCGACACCUGCAUUGAAAUUGAAGGGGCCGAUUAUCAUUGUGAAAACAUCAAUGGUACGUCGCAGUGCGUGCUUGGUGAGUAGUGAACCACUUCCUUCAAUAAAGAAAUCACGAACAUUCAGAUCCAAAAUGCACUGUACAUGCUUGUGAUCCUGAAACUGGCCACUGUGUCGAGGGUGACGGAAAAUCACUUUUCGAAUUUGGAUACUGCGAUGAAGGUAUAUGUUUGAGAAAAAAAAUCGCUCAUAACUUUUUCUUUUCGUGUAGAGUUUUCAUAAUGUCUGAAACGAGUUUACUCCAGAACUGCGAUUACGCGAAAAUUUCAGUGUAAGCCCUCAGCUUGGCUAUGCCGGGACUCCAUUGAUUGCUCCGAUGUGGUCGAAUAAAUAUACUAUAUUGAUAUAGAUCCAUUAUUCUCAAAUGAAAAUCAUAAUGUAGUCAACAGUAGAAAUGGAGGAAUGGGCAUCAGGCCAGGCCGGGAGUCUUUCGACCCAGCUGAAAAUCGUAGGUAGGAGGCGGUCUUUCUCUGCGUCUGUGGCUACUACUUUAUUUUACUUCAGCUAGGGGGCGCAAAGCCCCGCCCCUUCACGCCACCAAAAUGACGAUUUUUUGUUGCAAAAACGGUUUUGAGGCGUUUAUACUAGCUAAAGUCCCAUUUUAAAAAUAAACUGUUUCUGUUGAUCUCGGUAAUCGACAACGCUCUACAAGACUGAAAAACUUUUAAACUAUGUAUUUUUCAAAAAUAAGCGAAAAAGUAAGAUUUAACACGAAAAAAACUGACAAGUUUCACAAAAUCGUCGCGUUUCUGAAAACCAAGUGAGGAACGCUUCCGAAAUUUGAGUAUGUUAUACAUUAACACUUUCUUUAUUUUUUGAGUAAAAAUUUAAAAAAAUCUACCGACGCGAAAAAAAUAUUAAAGCUUGUAAAGUGACACCAAACUUUGAAGUUAAAAUGCGAAAAAAAUUUCAGCGACAUGGCAUACUUUUUUUAUUUGAUUUAAAAAAACUCACAAUGUGUUCAAAAAUAAACAUUCAGAAUGACAUUAUUUAUUGGGACAGUGAAUCAAAUUAAAUUUGGAUUUUACCAAAACCUCCUUUUUUCGCCUGCCUCGUUGACGCAUGAGAGAAUAGGAUCGCGUCUAUACUUUUGAUCAGGUUAUUAAGCGUUCAAAACUCUAUCAAUGAAAAAAUUAUGAAAAAAAUCGAUCGACGCGAAAAAAAUAACGGCUUUGAAAACCUCGAAAAAAUGGCAAUUUUUUUUUUGAAAUUUUGGAAGAAUUCGUGCAAGUGUCCGCGGCUGUGUUUGCGUCAAACACACCGAUGCACACUUUUAAAUGUUGCAGGAGCCGUUUUUUGGAGUCAAAUUGCACAUUUUCCUGUUUUAUUUCGAAAUAAAAUUAUUUUUCAUUUUUUCUUUUUUCCAAACCAAAUGAUAAUAAUUUUUCUGAUUAGAAAAAAGAAAAAUAAGCUGAAAAUUCCUUCUGACCAUUUUUCUACGUAGUUUUUCGAUAUUUUAUCAAACAUUCUUCUGAGGAUUGUACGAAAGAUUCAUACCAAAACAUUAAGCCCCGUUAUGACAACCUAUCAAAACAGAAAACCGAUUCGAAAACGGUUCAGAAACGCGCAAAAACAUUUAAAAAGAAAGCGUGCGGCAGCGGGUAAACCGUGAAAUUUUGCUUCCAGUUGUACGCCGCGCGCGCUCGUUUUUUGGCCAUAACUUUUUUCUUAGUGGAGCUUUUUUCUAAAACUGAACGGAUUAUGAAAAUGGACAGUCUCCUCUAUCGAACAGUUUGAAAAACAUAUUUUUUGGAUCGUUUUGAAGAAAUGGCUUACGGACCCUAACUUCAGCCCAAAGAUUCGUGAUUUAUGAUUUCAAAAAAAUGUACUGAAAACAAGCAACGGUAAACGGAAAAUAUCUCUCUACCAUUUUUCUAAAGACAAUUUGGCUUUUUGGGGCAGUUAUUCCGAGGCCUUGCAUGAGAAUAUCUAACUUGAAUCUGAUUCUAGUGAAUCCUUGCGCCAAAAAGAAAUGCGAAAAUGGAACUGAAACUGAAUGUCACAACUACAUAAGUAAGGCAUAUUGCACGACAGGUCAGUAUUCAACUUCCGACUUCCGAAAAAUCUCGGACUUUUAGCCAACGUUUGCGAUCCGAGCAAGAAUAACUCCUGUCCAGCUGACAGAGUCUGCAAAAAGAUCGAUUCAGGAUCUUACAGGUGUCUCAAAGGUGAGGAUAUUCGACAAGUGGGAAAGUUGUAGACAAAUAUCAAACGAAGUCAUCAAAAUUUGGGAAGUUCAUAAAAAUCAAAAGGAAGUAUCCCUAUACCUUUUGGUCUCGAUUUUUCGACCAUUUAUUAGAACUUCACUGAACGGAAGCCAAUCGGAAAAAUACAAAAGUCCAGUUUUUCGUAAUGCUCCUGCCCAAGAGGCCUUCAAAAAAUUUACUGGUCAAUCUACCAUUGCACGAGAUCUUCUUGUCUAUUCCUUGAAGACUCAAAUAAUGUAUAACUGUGUAAUGUAUUCUCUCAAAAUCUACAUCCAAAUGAACUCGUUAGGGUUCACCAGAGCUGCUGACCAGACCGGGGCGCCCCGAUUUUCUCAUUUUUACUUAUCUACCUAACGGGGCGGGGCGCCCCGUCAGCAGCACUGGGGUUCACGCUGAUCUGUCAAUAAAUUAUUAUUAUUGAAGUCCCACCCCUGUCAGGCGCGAAAAAGAGACUAUAACGCUUUUUCAAAAAGUUCUGGAUUCCCAACCUUUUUUUAUAUCUUUUUCAGUGGACGCUUGCUCCGAAAAACAUUGCGAUUACUCUCGUGUAUGCAAAGUCGUCGACAACAACGCCGUAUGCGCUCAAAGUUGGUCCUGGGAUUAUUUGACAUCGAUUUAUUCCAACUGUACAGAAACUCCUUGCGACGAUGAUCCAUGCCCAGCUGGUCAGACUUGUCAAUUGACGAGUUCUGGAAGUGAAUUCGACUGUAUUGCAGGUAAAAUGAAAGACGGAUACUGA